AUGAAACCGGGACUCGAAACCACCGACGAGGGCGAGGAGAAUGGCGACACACAGGAUCAUCGCGAGGGGGACCCACGACCGCUGCCCUAUGACUUCGAAAAGGAGCUCAUCCAAAGAUCCAACAGACACAUCCGACUUUACGAAACUUUUGUUCCAGUGAGUCAAGUUCAUCCGCUCACCCGGAAGUUUUACGCCCAGUAUGAGCAACGCCAGCCGGCGGAUACCUUAAGGUACCUACGACACACAUGGCCUGAGAAGCAUGUGGAGCGUCAAAGGCAGCUCGCGAAGGCGGUUCCCCUCCUGGAAUCGCAGGUGUACGGCUGGUUGCCGCUCAAAAGUGGAGAGCGGGCCGCCGAUCUGAACUUUCUGCAUGCCAAGAAACUGCGCUGCGGCAUGACUGUUCACGGGGAGCGCUUGAUCGCGGAGAGGAUUACGGCGCGACCUCCUUUUAACGGACUCAGAUUCCUGCUUCACUAA